AUUUCUUCUGAAAAGGAAAGUUAGGGUGUUAGACUGUCGACAGAUAAAAAGGCACUCGCUUGCUGCUGCAGCUAUCUUACUUUCGUCCAACAUCGUGAGCCAGUCACAACUCAGUUAUUCUUCUUCUUAUAUUACCAAAAAAUGAACAAGCUUGCUGCUACCAGCCUAGUUAUUGGAAUCAUGAUUGCACUCUGUUCCGCUUACCCAUCGUCGUACGAUAGCUAUGGAAAAGGAUACGGGUUUGAGCCUGCAUAUGCACCACAUUUUGGAUCUGGAUACAAUACAUAUAUUUACGGUUCAUAUGUAGGACAUCCGGGACCUUAUGAUUCCUAUGGCAAAUCUUACAACGAUUACAAAGGAGGAAGCUAUAACAAAGACUAUCCCAAGACCCCAUACGCUUACGCAGAGUCUUACGGAAGAUAUUGAAUGUGCAUCACCUAAUUCCAAAACAGAUAAUAUUCUAUCUACAAAUAACCUUCCGAUUUGUUUAUUUUUAUAUUUUUGCUAUUUCCUAUUGUGACUUCAGGUUGAUUAAUACAUGUUUUAUCGGACCA